CCGUCGAGUCGAACGGACUGCCCAGCGCGAGCGGCUGCCAAGCUAUCCCGUGCCAAAAACGACUGUAUUGUCAGUGGCGCUAGUGCAUCAUCGCCAAAUAUACGUAUAGAUAUACACCUAGUACAUCUCUCUGUAUGUACACAAGCGUAUGUCUAUAUACAUACUUAUGUACACAGGUAUAUAAAAGUAUACAUAUAUAUAUAUAUAUUCGCACAACAGUGCGUCGAUAGAGCCCCAUCGCUUCAACAUAGCCCUAUACUGGACUUGUAUUACUGCCGAGGUUGCAGCAAUUAAGUCUUUUUAUCACGAGAUUUAAAAUGUCAGUUUUGGCUCUUGAUAUUUCUACAAAGAUGUCAUUACCACCAACAACGCCUACCAAAUAUAAGAAAAAGAGAAACAGAAAUAGAGGCCAGAAGGCAAAAAAAUACAAACCUAGUUGUGCACAUGUUACACCAAAAAAAUUUUUGCUUGGUGGAACUAUUUCAGAUCCUUUGAAUUUAAAAGGAUUGAGUAAUACUGAUGAUCAAAAAGUUAAUAAUACCUCUUCACCAAAGUCCAGUCCUUCAAAUGUACAGGGUUCCAAUACAGCAAUCAAUUAUCAGCCUUUACCAAUACCAAUUCAUCAAAGUGAUCCUUUAAAAUUAAUGAGUUGUCCAGACGAUGAAGAGUAUCGAAAACAUCCACCUCUACCUCUGCAUGAUAAUCCUCCAACAAGUAAGAAGAAAAAUAAAAAACGUAAAAGGGUAAUGAGUACUUUUGAAGAGAAUGAAUCCAAUUGUAAUGAACAGGUAAAUAAUGAAAAAACUUUUAAAGAGCCAUCAGAGGAAACUCAGGAACUUCCAGCCCAAGUCAUUUGUACUCAGUCCAAAGCUUCGGCACCUGAAGAUGAAUUUAAUCGAGCUAAAAAACAAAUAAAGCGAUUAAAAACACCAAUGCCAGAAGAUUAUAUAGUGAGCCCUGUUGUUCCUCAACCAGGGGCUUUUCUAUCCAGAACUGUGAAAUAUCCGAAAUUCAAUAAAAAAAAUGAAAAAUUUGAAUAUGGAAACUAUAAUAAAUACUAUGGGUACCGUAAUAAUUUACAACCUCAUGAUAUCAGGCUAACUGUAUUUAGGCAAAGACCAGAUUUAUUUUAUGACAAAGAUAUUUUAGAUAUUGGUUGCAAUAUAGGUACCAUCACUGUUGGUGUAGCCAGAACCUUUUAUAUCAGAAGUAUCAUGGGUAUUGAUAUUGAUAAAAAGUUAAUCGAUAUUGCUAAAAAAACGAUCAAAAAUUAUAUACAAGUAAAUCAACCUGAAUUUGAAUCUAGUUUAUUUCCUAUUUCUAUGAGUUUAACUUACGGACCCAUUCAUCCUCCUAGAAUAUCUCACAACAGUGGACUAUUUCCACAUAAUAUCAAAUUUAGUCAAGGUAACUAUGCAUUGGAAGAUGAUUCUGGACUUGAAUAUCAAAAACCUGAGUAUGAUACAAUUUUGUGUUUAUCGGUCACCAAGUGGAUUCAUCUUAAUAAUGGAGAUGAAGGUUUAAAACGAUGUUUCAGGAGAAUGUACAAACAAUUACGGCCUGGUGGAGUAUUGAUUCUUGAACCACAAAGUUGGUCUAGUUAUGGACGAAAAAAAAAUUUAACCGAACGAAUCUAUCAAAACUACCGCAAAAUUACAUUUUUACCGGAGAAAUUUACACCGUAUCUUCUGUCUAUUGGUUUUGAAAAGUGUGAGGAACUUUCCACACCGCCACAUCCAUUCAAAGGUUUCCAGCGACCAAUUUAUCUUUACACCAAAAAGAAUGAGCCGGAAAUGGCAGAGGAUGCAGUAGCUGGUCCAUCUGCAAAAAGGAUAUCUGAGGAAGCGGGAUCUCCUCAAAAAAUUUUCCCAGGAAGCGUGCAAAGUGAUACUACAUCCUUCUAUGAUAAUUUGCCAUAUAUGUAUGCACCGGGGAUGGGAAAUGAUAGUCCAAUUUACUCAAAUUCUCGCAUGAUGGCGUUUCGAGGUAGAUACGAUGGUUAUUCACCAGAUUAUUCACCUUACAUUCAAGACAGAAGUUAUGGCAUCAUGUCACCUGCACCACGACGAUUUGUUUAUGCAUCGAAUGAUUCCCCACGUAAUAACUGCCAUCAAUUUCAACCACAUACUUCAACCAUCGAAACCGAUGGUUCUUCACCGUAUCAACCGCCCCCAUUCGAGUUACCGAAAAAGGAAGAGCGGGCUCCUGGAACCUCUUCAAAUUCUCCGAAAAUUCCAGAAAUGGAAGCAGGAGCGACCAAGUGUAAGCCACCAAGUCCAGAAAUGGAAGGAGACGCGGCCAAGUUUAGUCCACCAAAUCCACAAAUAGAAUCAAGAGAAAUGAUUCUUUCAAGGAAAUCUACCUCUGAGAAUCAAACGAACAAAGAUGAAUCAUUCAACGCUCUGAAUGAAGUUGAAGAUCAAAGAUGAACAGUAUGGCUUUUAUUCAAAUUAAAAACAGUGAAUCCCUAUUUUACGUUAUUAAUCUGCGAAAGUGAAUUUGUAAAAUAUAUCCGAUAUCAUAAACAUUGAAUCGCAGUUAUCGGGUCUCGAUAAUGAUCACUAUUGUAAUCUUUAUUCCAUAAUCUCGAUUAUUAACCCCUUAGUUAGUUCUUUGUUGAAAUUAUUGAAUAGUGUAACUAAAAUAAACUCCCUUUGAUUAUAAAUGUAUUAACCAUUACAGAUAAAUGUACACAAAGCAAACACUUAUUAGAUGUAAAAUGAAGAAUCCUUCAGUAGUUAUUCAGUAGUUAAGAUAUUUAGUUCUAAAUGAGAUACGACUUAAUAAUUAAAGUAUGAAUGAUACACAUUACUCCGUCGUUUUUUUCUUUGAGUUUAUCCAUUCGUUAUGUUUGCUAUAUUUUGUUUACAAGAAUCGAAAACAUUCCUGUGGAACAGAGUUUGGCUAAAUAUAUAAGUAAUUCACCUUAUUUAUCGAUAUAGUUUUUUUAUUUUCAUUUAAGAAGGCUUAUGCAUAGUAAUUAUAUAAUAAGAUUUGGAUUAUGAGGUGCAUUAUUUCAGAAUGUAUGGAUGUGUUAGUCUAAGUUUGUGUAGAUAUUAGGAGUACAUCAUUUUGCUCGACGUAAUUGUGAAUAUUUUUUAUUCUCUGAGUAAAAUUAUUUUUAAUCGUCUAUCUGCGUUGACCUGCAACAGCAUGAACACAUCUACAUUUUCAAUAAUAAUGAGUGCUUUUGCCAAAGAAUAGGGUUGAGUUUGAGAAUUCAACAAAAUUCUUAAUUUUAUUUUUUAAUUAUAGUAAUUUCAUGAACAAAAAAGUUUCUUUAAAUGUGAUAUAAUUUUAGAUGAAAGUUGGCAAAAAAAAACAUUAACGUAACAUCAAAGUCAAGUAUUAGUUUAGGCAUGUGAGAUGUAAAUUGAAACUCAACUCUAUUCUUCACUUGUUUCAUAAAAUUGUCACUAUUAAAGUAUUAUACUAAUUUCACAAGAUAUUAUCCAUAUGUUUGAAUUACUAUUAAAAAGAGACGCCAGCGCCUCGAAUUGGAGAGGAUUACUCUUUCAUUUUAUUUUACUGCUGAUACAGUCAUUCUAAUAUUUUUAGCGUUCAUACAAUCACAUUUGCUUUGUAAUGAUUUUUCUGUAUCAAUUGUACAAAUUUUCUCAUUACUAAUGCCGCUUAUUCAUUAUGCAUUUUUCUAAGUUCAAUAAUAUAAAUGAAUUUUUAGUUUUUUUUUUUUUUUUUUAACGUUUGAUUUUUGGAUUAUGAUUUUUCAAAUCAUUCAUCUGCCCGAAUGAUUUUGCAAUCAAAUUGUUAAAUACUAUGUAAAUUUUAAUCUACGUUGUACAUUAAAAUAAAAUAUAUAAAACAUCACAAUGUAUUUGGAAAAAAUGUAUAUGCGGCAAAAUUUAAGUAACCAGUACUCUAAAUGAUGUCUCUCAGUACUGUUCGUAAAAUAAACAUAUUGGAAUACAA